AUGUCGCAGUCGCAGGCAGUCUUCUCCCUGGGGCACGUGAUCAUUCCGACCUCACGUGUCAAGACGUCAUCCGCCGACGGCCUCCACCUUCUUUCAUCAAAUGUUCACUUACUUCGCCGGACGAACCACCGGCGGCUGCCAACGCCUAUUCGGUGCUCAACCAAUUUUUCCUUUGAUCUCAAAGGUGGCAAAGGAAUGAGUCAAUUUCACGAGAUUGAACUCUGGGUUAAAGAUUACGAAUUGGAUCAAUAUGGAGUUGUGAACAAUGCAGUCUUUGCUAAUUAUUGUCAACAUGCUCGUCGUAAACUUUUGCAAAAGAUUGGCAUAAAUAUCGAUACAAUUGCUGAAACUGGCAAUGCGAUAGCUCUGUCUGACUUAUCACUCAAAUUUAUUGGACCUUUGAAAAUUGGAGAUAGGUUUACUAUGAGAGCGAGGAUAUCUGACACAUCAGCUGCUCGUGUAUACUUUGAACACUUGAUCAUGAAGAUCCCAAAUGAAGAGCCAAUUUUGGAGGCAAGGUCGACUUUAGUUUGGCUUGACAAAAACUAUCGCCCAAUCCGUGUUCCACCAGAGGUAAGAUCCAAAGUUGCACAGUUUGUUCUUCAUGAUGUGGAAAGCUGAUUCCAUUUUUGUGGGGGAAAAUAAGUGUUAGAGGUUUGUUUGCAUGAUAAACAGUACGUGUACUUUAUUGAUUUUUCAUAAGUAAUGUUCGUCAAUCAUCAUGUAAAUGU